AUGCUUGCUGGACGACUACUCAGCGCCACUGUGGCGCUACUGCUCCCACUCGCCACGAUCCAGCCCGCAGAAGCGCAGGUCGUCGUGGUGUGGGAAAACAGAACGGAGGCUGGCAACUAUGUCGUCCCGAGUGGCCAAACCCUCGUCUUGCGCAACAGUAACACCGUGCGCGGCCAGCUCACGAUUGAAGCGGGCGGGGCCGUCACAUUUGAUCCGACCUGCGACGUGACCCUUCAAGUCGGCAACGUUGAAAUCUUUGGUACGUUGUCGAUUGGCAGCGCGACGUCACCGUACACGCGGUCGGCUGUGUUGGCGUUGGCGUGUGAAAAGCCCGCGCUGUAUGCGGCGACAGACGACCGCCGGUAUGGCAUCAACGUGCGCGAGGGCGGGAGUGUGCAGCUCUUUGGGAAGAAGGGCACACGCGUGCCAUGGACCAAACUCGCGAUGACAGCGGUCGAAGGCACGACUUGCAUCACGUUGGCCGACUCGACAGUCAACGAUGAAUGGGCCAUUGGCGACUCGAUCGUCAUUACCACGACCGAUUUCGACCCGACAUUGACUGAGCGCCGGACGAUCACGGGGUUUCGGUCCACCUGUGUCGAAAUCGACUCGCCCCUUCAGUUUAUGCACUACGGUGCGUACACGCAAGGCGUCGACCAGCGGGCCGAAGUCGGGCUGCUCAGCCGCAACAUUCAACUCGUGGGGUGCACUGGCAGUGGUGUCGUGGGCGGGCAUCUCAAGAUGAGCCCAAACUUUCGAACCGCCCAGUUGAGCGGCGUCGAGGUGCGUGCGUUCGGCCAAGGCGACAUCAUCGGGCGAUACCCCAUUCACUUUCACUUGACGGGCAACGUGGCUGGGACGAAUUCGUUUGUGAAAGCUAGUGCGAUCCACUGUUCGUACAUGCGAGCGAUCACGAUUCACGGCACCCAGAGCGUCCUUGUCGAGCGCAAUGUAGCGUACAAUAUCACGGGCCAUGCCAUGUUCUUGGAGGACGGGGCCGAAUUCAACAACACGUUUCGCGGCAACUUGGUGGCGUGGGUGCGGCAAAAGACGUCGGGGGCAUUUCGCCUCGGGUCGGACGCGCUGCAGGGCCUGUCGGCGUACUGGAUCACGAACCCGGACAACGUGUUUGAGGACAACGUGGCGGCGGGCGUCGAGGGCAGCGGAUUUUGGCUCCACACGCGGGCACGGGCCAAGUUGCCGAGUUUCCGCACCGGUCUGUACCCAACGUUGGCCCCCCACAAGACGCCGCUACGAAAGUGCACGGGCAACAGCGCGCAUUCGGUCUGGAAUGCGUUUCGCAUCGACAGCGUCGAUUUUGACCAAGACGACGAACCACCCCAAGACUACACGGGCGCUCCAUCGCUGGCAUAUGAACCGACAGCACUGACGGUCAUCGCCAACUUUACGGCGCAUCAUGCGCGCCAAGGCGGGUGGUUUCGCCUGUUUCAAGUCGUCCUCGACAACUGGAAUGUGGCCGAUUGCCGAGAAGGCAUUCAAUUCCUCACGACGGGCAACACGGCCACGAUGCCCAUCAACGGGACGAUUCGAAACUCUCGGUUUGUCGGGAGCUCGUCCAACCGAGGAAACUUGUUUGUGAGUGCGUUCCAAAAGGUCAACUACAUCGAGGCCCGAUCGGACAGCGCGCUGCUGCUGGCCGACGUCAUGCAGAUGGCCGUCACGCUGUACGACGGGCCGCACUACAUUGAAAACACCACGUUCGAAAACUACAUGUCGUACCCGUGCUUCAACUACUACUCGACCGCGUUGGGCGCGCGGGCGUUCAACACGUUCAUGAUGGCGUCGACGACUCAAAGCACGAGCAACCGGUUCAUCAACACGCCGUUCCCAGUGUUCGUGUACGACCGAGUCAGCGAUGGCGGCAAGACGACGUUGAUUCUCGACUCGGAUGGGUCGAUCUCAGGGCAACGGAACGCAGUCAUUGCACCCGACUGGGACUUCUACUACACGCCGUCUUGCGUCCGCAACGCCGGGUACGGCCUCGCAUGCCCCCAACGCUACAACAACAUUGAAGUCGUGCAGGUGGAUGGUGACGCGACCAACUUGGCCAAGUACGGCGAACUGUUUGUGACCCGUGCCAAUUUGGCGAGUCGAAGCGGCGGCGCCACCGCCCCUGGGCUGUCUUUCCAAGGCCAGUACAUUCCAGCGGCGGGAGGCUACCUCUACCACCCGUCCUUGUCCGUGGGAGCGACGUACGUGAUGGGGUUCACGUCUCGAACGCCACCCAUCCUUCGACUCAACAUCGUGAACGGUCAACAAGGCGACAUCCACACUGUAGCGAUCUGCUACCCGCGAGGCACGACGAUCGCGUCGGUCAUGAACGUCGCGAAUCAACCCCUCGCUCGCGCGCAGUCGAUCGUGGAUCGCACGUGUGUGAAUUGCUUCUUCUACGACACGGCGACGGACUUGUUGGUCUUGCGAUUGAUGCAGCGCAUGCCGCGGUCGGAGCCGACGUUCCCUUGUCCGACGUCGGGAUGCGACGGCGUUGUCGUCCGCGCCGCGUUUCGGACGGCGCUGGCGUCCACAGCAGUCACCGAUUGCACCACCCGGGGCACGGCCAUGCAAACGCUCGAUGAUGCGUGGGUGCGCACGUCGUUCUCGACCAAAGAAACGUUCAGCUUGGACAUGCCGAUCAACUUGGACUGGUGCCAAAUCGGCGACCCGUGCCUGGAAGGCAUCGACGUCGGCAACCGCGAACAAGGGAUCCUCGCCUACUCGGACUUUCCGUGCCAUGGAAUCGGUUGUUACACCAACAAGUGUCGGUACUGCAAACUGUCGUUCAGUCCGUCCGGUCAACCCUUCCUGCCUUGCCCGUUCGAGAGCCGUCGUGCCGCCGGCAGCACUACGUCGCCUCUACUGGCCACGACCCGAGCCCCCGUGACUUCGGACGCUUGUGCGAGUUUUGUGUCGGUUGGCGAUGCCGCCGUCGGCAUUUCCGCCAUGUCAGACCUCGCGUGCUCCGUGGACAACAACCGCACGGGCUGCUUCUUGUCAAGAUGCCGCUUUUGCCUGGCGUGGGAUACUCCCCUCUCUCGUGUGUUCGCCCCUUGUUCGACAGAAGCACCCACAUGUGCCAGUCUCGUAUCGUCCGGGGACCAAGCCGUCGGCAUCUCGGCCAUGCGCGAUCCCAAAUGCCCCAACAGCGUCCUCGCUGGCUGCUUUGCAGACAAAUGCCGGUAUUGCCAGACUCGAACGACCAGUCAAUCGUGGCGCUUUAGUCGCUGUGAUAUUCCCAUGCCUGCGACACCGACAACAGCCCCGACUGUCCCGUUCACGACUCUAUCGCGGCCGACCACACCAUCAACGCCGCAAGCGACAGCCACCCCUGUCUCCACAACUGGACGCCCCACAACCACAACGCCCCCACCGUCGACGCCUGUGGUAGAGCCACCGGUCGUGACUAGUUCUUGUGCCAGUCUAGUGUCGGAUGGAGACCGAUCUGCUGGGAUAUCGGCCGUGUUCGACUCGAGUUGUCCCAACAGCAUUCUUGCUGGCUGCUUUGCCAACAGAUGCCGGUAUUGCCAGACUCGAACGACCAGUCAAUCCUGGCGACUGGGCCCGUGCACCGUGCCAUCCCUCGUUACAACGACGCCCGCCACCACUAAAGCCCCUACCACCACUACAACUUGGCCUGCUGCCACCACCGUGUCGCUUCCAAGUACGACGACUGUCCGACCCACGACAACAACGACCGUCGCGCCGAGAUAUACCAUAGACACAGUGACGCCCCCUCCCGCCCCGCUUUGCAGCGUCUCCAUCGGGGAUGCAAACAUUGGUUUGGGGGCGUAUUACGACCCAACCUGCGCCGUCGGGGGGCUCGGCUGCUUUGCCAAGAUUUGUCGGUUCUGUCGAAAGACUCCAGUGGGGCAAUACGUCGUCUGCCCUCCAACCGUGGCCAUUCCCAAAGACGUGAGCCAAAGCGUUCAGAGCGACGGAGCCGUCGCGCUGGCGGCCACAACAACAAAGAGCACCGACACGACGACAGCGACAACGUCUUCCCCCGGAUUGUCCACGUCGGAGAGUGCCACAGGCGUGGCUGUGCUCGUCGCGUUGUCGGCCGUCCUGGCUCUACUUGUCAAAGAAGAUCACCGGCGCCGUCGCCAACAAGAAGCAGCAACAGUCGCCAUCCCAAGCAUCCUCACGUUGGACGCUACUGCCACAAACGACACCAGUGCGACCGCCGCAUCUGACGUCGUGCCACUCGACAACGGCGAUGACAUAGGAUCCGUCCUUGACGUGGCACCAGGCGACGACAACCUUCUCUAA